AUGCCAAGCUCUCGAUUGGCGAUCACGUCUGAUUCCUCUUAUUGCUCGGUGGGAGCGCAGAGGUGGCGCGGAUCGCUUCCGGUCAAAUCACAGUGAUCACUGUCACAUCCUGCCGACUUAGGCCAGCAUGACGGUGUCUCAUCGCAAGAACAAGCCUGCGGCGGUGCAGACCUCUCAGACCUCAGGUGAGCGGAUGGGAGACAAUUGCUGAGAAUCUACAUCCGCGAGUCCGCAUACAUCCCUUUUCCCAGCGCUGACUCUUCUUGGCCCGCAUCUUCCACAACGUGCUCAGCGGACGAGCCGGGCAUGAGGUAUCACUGCGAUGCUUGCGGUGCGGACAUUACCUUGACCAUCCGGGUCAGGUGUGCAGAAUGCGAGGACUUCGAUCUAUGCGGGAGCUGUUUCUGCGAGGGAUCCGUCAGUCAAACGGAAAAGGGCUCAGGUAGCUCUGAAGGCGGUCACAAGCCUUGGCACGAUUACCGAGUCGUCGUGAGUGAACAGCGAUGAGUGGUCUCAUUCAUCUACCUCUUGGCUGAACCCCUACCCCUCCUAUCCGCCCGCAGGAACAACAUGCUUUUCCCAUCUUCACUGCUGACUGGGGCGCGGAUGAAGAGCUGCUGCUGAUUGAUGGAGCCCAGAUUUACGGGUUAGGCAACUGGGCGGAUAUCGCCGAUCACAUCGGCAAUCGCACAAAGGAGGAAGUGGAGAAGCACUACGUGGAAGUGUACGUCGAGGGUAGAGAUGGCACUGCAGAAGGACAACGACGAGCAGAGGCCGUCAUCGACGACGCCCGCACGAAAGCUGAAGCAGACGAAGAUUCGGGCGGAAGGGUCAGACCUCCAGUUGUGGGGCCAAACAUGGCCUUCGAUGCGCAUAUGACCGCGGAUGAGUUCCAGAGUAGCAAAAGAACACGCAUUGAGGAGAUGCGCGAAAGCCAGGUGAGCUGCCGACGCACGCGAGACGAGUGCGAGGCGACUCGUCACCAUGUCCACCGCGUUGUGCUGAUUCUUGCUACUAAAACGUACACCUUCCCUCCCUUAGGCUCGAGCUAAUCGUGAAGCUAAGGGCGGGCCGCCUCCAAAGCCUCUAGUGUCUGCGCCCACUUCCCAUUCUGAGCUUGCCGGCUUCAUGCCAGGUCGACUUGAAUUUGAGACAGAGCUGGAACAAGACGCCGAGAACCUGACAAAGGACAUGGAGUUUGGUCGCGUCUAUCGAUUCGGUGGAGACUUGCCUUCAGAGAUGGAAGCGCUUGGAACGGUGGCCACCGCUGGUCGUCGUCGCGAAGGGCCUAGCUCCGGACGAAUGGGAGCCAUGGGCGCGAAAAGCAGCAAGAGGACCGGCGCAGCCGCUAA